AUGUCAUAUAAUGCAAAUGAGGCAAAUUCGCAUGGGAGCGAGAAUUAUACAGAACGACAAAAAAUGAGUUCAUUCCGACCAGUAAUGAAUCCUCAGUAUCAACAACCAAUACUAUUACCAACAGGAGAACAAAUGUUUUAUGAUCAAUUUCAAUCUUUACAAUUGGCACAACAACAACAACAACAACAACAACAAUAUUAUCCUGAACAAAUGGGUCCACCAUUACCACUCAAUGCAAAUAUGCCAAUGAUGCAACAAUAUUAUCCUCACCCACCACCUCCACAAUUUCAACAACAACAAGAUAUGAAUUAUCCUCAAUAUUACUAUCAACCUUAUCAAGAAGCUGCUCCUGAACCGAUGAUUCAUCCAUCACUAAUGUCAACAAUAGCUAUGCGAGGUGAUGCUUCAGAAUUUAUUCCUGCAUAUAACAAUACAACUAUAAAGGAAACAAAACCAAAUGUUGAUCAUUCAUCAAUCACCGUAGUCAAUGACUCUCAAACAAAAACAACUGUUACUCAUCCAAUAAUUUUAAGAACUAAUUCGGAAAUUAAAGAAACAAAAGAUUCAUUUAUAUAUGAUUUAAAGAAAUAUAAAUACAAUUAUUUUCUAUCUAAACUUACAUGUACAUUCGAUCGUGAUUAUGCAAAAUUUAGUUCACCAACUGGUAUUUCUGCAUUAAAUGAUGAUCGUUUAUUAGUUGCAAAUUUCGAUAAUGAUACAGUUUUACUUCUUGAUCUUAAUGGCGUUGUUCAUCAAAUCUAUAGAGAUAUACCAACACCAAAAGAUGUUCGAUAUCAUCCAACAAAUUCAUCCCAAGCUAUUGUAGCUACGAAAAAAGAAGUUAUUCUUUUAGAUUUAGAAACAAGUAAAGUUGUUAAACGAAGUAAAAUGCGAGGAUUUUAUCCAUGGAAUAUUCAAUAUUUACAAGAAUCAGAUGUUAUUGCAGCGUGUGAUCCAUCGUCUGAAAGUAUUCUUUUUCUUGAUAACGAGUUAACUCAAAUAGGCGGAUGGUCAUUUAAUGAACCAGUUCAACCAUCUUCGUCAUCAUCAAGACCUUAUCAAAAAGUUUAUCCCUAUGCAGCUUAUUUUGCAUCUGACAAUACAUCAUUUAUAUUAGCACAUCGUGAAGAAAAAUGCCAACUAGUAGAAAAGGAUACUGCCAGUGGAGAAACAAAAGAAUCUCGGAUAGUACUUCCAGAUUUUAUAUCCUAUUCAAUUUUUGUUGAUAGUGCAAAACAAUGUUUAAUGCCCGAUAAGAAAAAUCGUCGUUUAGUUUCGAUUGAUAAGAAUUCAAAAGUUGAGGAAUACAAACAUAAAACAAUUCAAGAGCCACAUGCAUUAACAUUUUUAUCAACUGGAACAUUGUGUGUUACUGAUUGGACGAAAUCAUAUGGAAGUCGAGGUGGUAUAGCUAUUCUUAGUGAAACUGAUUUGAAUAUAAAUCAAUAG